GGGGAGUUAAUCUAAUAUUUGUUUACCUUUGGAGUCGUGGUCGGUUGGGAGAAGAUAUUGCAUAGUUCUGAUGAUUCUCCCCAUGUCCUGAUGACUACAAAGAACAUACAGCAAUGACUUAAGGAGGUAUAUCUUGAGUACCUAUCUUCUCCUUGUGUUUUGUAUGUUACAUCUGAGCGAAGUAAGAUAUAAAACAGAUAAUUGGUCUGGCCGCUGAUUGUUGAAGCAGGAUGUUGUCCACGCCACUACAGAGACGACAGGCCGUCAUUUUUAUCCUGGGAUGGCUCGCUUACGCCUCCACGUAUUUGCUGCGAAAACCUCUAGGUGUUGUGAAGACAGACUUAGAAGAGUCACUUUCUAUUGGUAAAACACAGUUAGGAUGGCUAGAUACGGCUCUGUUGCUACCUUAUGCUCUAAUGCAGAUGUUGUUGGGGCCGUUAGGAGACAGGUUUGGACCCAGGAGAACUUUUGGAGUCUGUUUGCUGAUGUCUGCCUUAUCCAUGGUCACAUUUGGAAGUUGGAGUAAUUUCUGGAUCUUCUUCUUAUUACUUUUCAUAAAUGGAACAGCACAGGCCCAGUGCUGGCCUAACUGUAUUAAGUGCCUGGGAUCCUGGUAUGCAGAUGAAGUCAGAAAUAGCAUGUUCGGAAUGUUUGGGACGUGUGCCUUUGCAGGGGGCAUCAUGGGAACUUCUCUGGCAGUUUAUCUACAGACUUCCUACUCCUGGAGAAGUGCAUUUUUUCUUCCUUCUGUGAUAGUGGCGACACUUGGUGUGCUUGUCUUCCUAUUCUUCAGCACUCCUGAAGAACAAAGCAUAGAAAUACCGGGGAAAACACAGAGUUCAACAUCAUCAAAAUCUACAGGAAGCACCUCAUGGCUACAGAUGUGGAAAAUCCCGAUGUUACCUGAGGUUGCUGUAGCAGUCUUCUGCUUAAAAGUUGUGAGAUACUGCAUGUAUAUGUGGUUACCAAUGUAUCUAUUGAAUGCUUUAAAGUACACCAAAGCCCAGGCUGGUAUGUUUUCUACAACAUUUGAGGUGGGUGGAGUAUUAGGCAGUGCUGUCAUAGGCAUUGUCAUAGACAGGUAUUUUAAGGGCCGAUCUCUAGCGGGUACCGGUUAUUCUGUGGCUUUAUCGGCUGUCUCCCUCCUGGCGUUUUAUCUGACCAGUACCUGGGGUAUCGUCUUUAACACUGUGUUCAUGUUUCUAGCUGGAGUAUUCAACUGUGGCCCUGACAGCAUCCUAGGUGGAUCCAUCCCAAAUGAACUGGGAGAGAUGGAUGGAAGAAAUGCUGCAGCUGCUGCUGUUGGUCUUGUCAAUGGUUUUGGCAGUGUGGGGACAUUUUUGGAGGGUCCCAUUAUUGGGGUGAUAUCAGCAAACUACGGCUGGUCUGGGAUGUUCUAUCUUAUGAUCGGACUAUCAGGUGUCGGCGCCCUGGCCGUCCUACGUGCUCUGUCUAUUUAUAACAGAAGAAAUGGGAAAAUACCAGAUGCUAUACCAUUAAAAAUGGAAGACAUUGCAUAAUAAAUAGGAACCAAUUCAUAGUCCCAUGCUGCUGUUUUGUGCCAAUUUCUAGGAAAACUUCUGGAAGGUGGCUGUUCUUACGUUAUAUGCAAAAAUUCUUCCUCAGGGUAUUUUAUUAGUCAACUUUGAUGUUGAAUACUGUUCGUUGUCUCCAUAUUCUUCCCUUAUGAGGUUUGUAUGUACAUGAAGACUUAAUUGAUGAUAUAAGCAACAGCAGAAUAUGGUCAGGUGACCUUAUUAUUCAAAGAAGAUGCAGUUUGAUGAAAGGACAAGUUUUGCAAUAACACAGAAGUCCUUUGUUAAUCAUGAGGGAUUUUAUCUAUUUAUUUUUUGUUGCUGUGACUAGUACAAUGUAUUAAGACAUUUACUGAUGUUUUUCUGGUAGAAAAGUGGUAAAUUAUAGAACAUAAAUAGAUAGAAGAAAAUGUGUAUUAGACAAAAGCAAAUAAGUCCCAGUAAGGUUUUUUUUCUUGGUUUAUGAUAUCUCAGCUUUACUAUGUAUAUUAUUUAAUGUAAAAAACAGUGUAAUACUAGGAUAUUUUUCCUACUAAGGGUUCUAGUGUAACAAAAGAUAUUUUGUUUGUGAUUUGUAUCUGAUAUGCAAUAAUUUUUUAGUUAAAUUUACUAUUUUAGUGUAUAAAUUAUGUUUAACAAGCAUUAUAUGUUUGUUGAAAUAUCUGUGUGCAAAUUUUGCAGUUCAUGUGUAUCUACUCUGCGUGUGCAAAAUGUCCACAUAUUUAAUGAAUGAUAUUUAAAUAAAGAUAUUCAAGCUUGAGA